AUGUCGUAUCCACCUGUUCCUCUUCCAAAUGGCCAAAACUUUACAGCCACUCUGCACAACACCACAUACCCCGCAAUCGACUCCGCGACGAAAUCCGACCAUAGCAAACACAUAGUUUUCAUAUCAGGUGCUUCGAAAGGUGUCGGCAGAGCCACGGCUAUAUCAUUCGCGAAAGCUGGAGCUGAAGGGAUUGCCAUCGGUGCAAGAUCGGAUCUCUCCUCACUCGAGACAGAAAUUCAGGAGGCAGCAAAGGCGGCAGGAAAGACCUCACCAAAGGUUUUGUCGAUCAAGCUUGACUUACUCAAUCACCAAAGUGUUAAAGACGCAGUUCAAGAGGUUGAGAAGACUUUCGGAAGAUUGGAUAUCUUGAUCAAUAAUGCGGGAUAUCUAGCCGCUAGUCAAUCAAUAAUUGACUCAGACCAUGAUGACUGGUGGCAGACAUUUGAAGUCAACAUACGUGGCGUAUAUUGGAUGACUCGUGGGUUCCUUCCUCUGAUGCUAAAGGAUGGACUCAAGACAAUUAUCAAUGUAGCCAGUACUGGAGCAAAUUCAUUGCGACCUGGAGCUAGCGGAUACCAAACCUCGAAGUUUGCAUUGUUGAGAUUGACAGAAUUCACAAUGACAGAGUAUGCAGAACAAGGAUUACUGGCAUAUUGCGUACAUCCUGGUGCCGUUAAUACAGAUAUGGGUAAGAAAUUGCCGGCAUAUCUUCACAAAGUCUUGAGAGAUGAUCCGGAAGUUGCGGGUGAUUCGAUGUGCUUUUUAUCUCAAGAGAGAAGAGAAUGGUUAGCUGGCAGUCACACGGCCUUCUAUUCUCAAUUGUCAAUCAAAACCGAAGCUGCUGGAGUCAUGUCUACCCUUAGAAAUGCUUCACGUAUCUCAAUCAGAUAUCUCCGUUCCAAUCCUCGUCCUCUCACUCGUACCUUCUCUGUCCUUCCACAUCUCUCAAGUCCGCCAUCCCAAAUACGUCAACCUCCUCCUGCGCCAGACGCCGAAAGCGCAGCACUGAAAAGUGGUCAACCUUCAACAUAUCUAGGGACCAAAAAACGUCUACCCGAAUUCAAUUUGGUCGAUAAAGUGGUGUGUGUUUCCGGGGCUGGCAGAGGAUUAGGAUUGGUACAGGCGGAGGCUUUAUUAGAGGCCGGUGCUAAAGUAUACGCCCUUGACCGUCUCGAAAGCCCCUCUCCUGAUUUCGAUCGCAUUGCACAGCGCGCGAAGGAAGAACUCGGUACAUCGCUUUCAUAUCGUCGCAUCGACGUACGAGAUGUCGAGGGUCUGAAUUCUAUAAUUGAGGAGAUAGCUCAGAAAGAAGGACGAAUGGAUGGUCUGAUCGCAGCAGCUGGAAUCCAACAAGAAACUCCAGCUCUAGAGUACUCGGCUAAAGAUGUCGAUCUAAUGAUGAGUGUUAACGUAACCGGUGUUUUUAUGACAGCACAGGCGGUAGCAAAGCAAAUGGUGAAAUUUGGUAAUGGAGGAAGUAUAGUGCUUAUUGCCAGUAUGAGUGGAACUGUAGCCAAUCGAGGUCUCAUAUGUCCCGCUUACAACGCAUCAAAGUCCGCAGUUCUACAACUUGCGCGAAAUUUGGCUAGUGAAUGGGGUGAACAUGGUAUUCGAGUCAACACCAUUUCUCCAGGAUAUAUAGUGACAGCUAUGGUGGAGGAACUUUUCAAGAAAUUCCCAGAGAGGAGGACGGACUGGCCCAAACAGAAUAUGUUGGGAAGAUUGAGUGCCCCGGAAGAAUACAGAGGGGCGGCGGUAUUUUUGGUUAGCGAUGCUAGUAGUUUCAUGACAGGCGCGGAUUUGAGAAUGGAUGGCGGACAUUCAAGUUGGUAA